UCCGACAUCUGGGCCUUUGGUGUUGUACUUUGGGAAUUGGCCACUUACGGUCUCUCGCCUUACCCCGGUGUGGAGCUGCACGGCGUCUACCAGUUGCUGGAGAAGGGCUAUCGCAUGGAGCGACCGCACGGCUGUCCGGAGGCUGUCUACUCUAUAAUGCUGCGAUGCUGGGCAUGGGAACCGGCCGACCGUCCGACUUUCGCUGAAGUUCGUCAGGAGUUGGAACGCAUGCGGAGAACUGUUGAUCUAGAUGCAGGUUGGUCUCCAUCUGUUCGCCUUGAUUAUAGUAGACUAGUACUCUUAUGA